UAUAUAUACCUGCACCGCACAGGCUCCAGAAUUCGCACAAAUCCUUGAGCUCAGGCCUCAGAGAGGGGUAGAGUGAGACUGUGAGAGGAUGGACGUGGAGAGGAAGGAGGCGGUGGUGGACGACGAUGGCCGCGUCAGAACAGGAACGGUAUGGACGGCGACGACGCACGCCAUCACCGCCGUGAUCGGGUCCGGCGUGCUGGCGCUGCCGUGGAGCGUGGCCCAGAUGGGGUGGGUGCUCGGCCCCAUCGUCCUCGUCGGAUGCGCGUACGUCACCUACUACACCGCCAUCCUCCUCUGCGACUGCUACCGCACGCCGGAUCCCGUCCAUGGCAAGCGGAACUACACCUACAUGGACGUCGUCCGCUCAUGCCUCGGGCCAAGAGAUGUGGUGGUGUGUGGGCUUGCGCAGUACGCGAUUCUCUGGGGCGCAAUGGUGGGCUACACCAUCACGACCGCCACGAGCAUCAUGUCAGUGGUGCGCACGAACUGCCACCACUACAAGGGGCCCGGCGCGAGCUGCGGUGCGUCCGGGACGAUGUACAUGGUGCUGUUCGGCCUCGCCGAGGUCGUCCUGUCCCAGUGCCCGAGCCUGGAGGGGGUGACGCUCAUCUCCGUCGUCGCCGCCGUCAUGUCCUUCACCUACUCCUCCGUCGGGCUCUUCCUCAGCGCAGCCAAGCUCGCCUCGCACCACGCGGCGCACGGCACCCUUGUCGGCGUCAAGGUCGGCGCCGGCGGUGUCACCGCGUCGACCAAGGCGUGGCACUUCUGUCAGGCCCUCGGGAACAUCGCCUUCGCCUACACCUACUCCAUGCUGCUCAUUGAGAUCCAGGACACGGUGAAGUCGCCGCCGUCGGAGAACGUGACGAUGAAGAGGGCGAGCUUGUACGGCAUCGGCGUCACGACUGUCUUCUACGUGUCGCUCGGGUGCAUCGGGUACGCGGCGUUCGGCAAUGCCGCGCCGGGGAACAUCCUCACCGGCUUCCUCGAGCCGUUCUGGCUCGUCGACGUCGCCAACGUCGCCGUCGUCAUCCACUUGGUCGGAGCGUACCAGGUGUACGCGCAGCCGGUGUUCGCGUGCUACGAGAAGUGGCUGGCGAGCCGGUGGCCGGAGUCGGCGUUCAUCCACCGGGAGUACGCGGUGCCGCUGGGCGGCAGGCGCGCCGUCCGGUUCACGCUCUGCAAGCUGGUGCUGCGCACGGCGUUCGUGGCCUUCACGACGGUGGUGUCGCUGGUGCUGCCGUUCUUCAACGCCGUGCUCGGGCUGCUCGGCGCCAUCGCGUUCUGGCCGCUCACGGUGUACUUCCCGGUGACCAUGUACAUGGCGCAGGCCAAGGUGCAGCGCGGCAGCCGCAAGUGGGUGGCGCUGCAGGGGCUCAACGCCGGCGCGCUCGUCGUGUCGCUGCUCGCGGCGGUGGGCUCGGUGGCCGACAUGGUGCAGCGCCUGCGCCACGUCACCAUAUUCCAGACCCAGCUCUGAAGUCUGAACCCUUGAGGGAUGGAUGCAUGCAGGCCAUGGUUCUGCAUGUGGUACUUCUUCUUGCUGCUGUAAUGUUGUACCGUGUGCUCUGUGCUCCAGUUCACUUGUUGCUGCUGUACUUUGGUCGUGUCGUUUUGCAAACUGCAACUAGUACAAGUUUACCUGUUUUACCGAUAUUUCACUUGAAUUUCAAUUUGAUGUAUUAGUUGUCUGUUCCGAACGAUACCAACAAGGUGUCGUGGUGUAAUUGGUUAUUACGUCAGUCUAACACACUAAAGGUCUCCGGUUCGAGUCCGGGCGACGCCAUUUUUUUCCGUUUUUGAUUGUCAGUUUAGUUUUUGGCCCAUAUAUUUCUUGUCUUCCUGGCCCAUGACCAUUCAAUUUAGUUGUGGAAGUAGUCUUUA